AUUUCAGUAUACUGCUUGGAUGCUAAAUGUAGAUUUGAUGAUAAUGCUGAGUUUCGGCAGAAGAAGUUAUUUGAUCUUAGAGAUUGGACACAAGAAGAUCAGCGUGAAAGGGAAGCUCAUAAACAAAGCUUAAAUUAUAUUGCUUUGGAUGGUGAUAUUGGAUGCCUAGUUAAUGGUGCUGGACUUGCAAUGGCUACUAUGGAUAUAAUCAAACUACAUGGUGGAAGCCCAGCAAAUUUCUUAGAUGUCGGAGGCGGUGCUACAUCACGCCAGGUUACUGAGGCCUUCAAACUCAUUACAUCAGAUCCAAAGGUUCAGGCAAUUUUAGUUAAUAUUUUUGGUGGUAUUAUGAGAUGUGAUAUAAUUGCUGAGGGUAUAAUUGCAGCUGCUGAGAUGUUAAAUUUAAAGAUUCCUAUUGUUUGCAGAUUGCAAGGCACCCAAGUAGAUGAUGCCAAAGCCUUAAUUGCUGCCAGCAAGUUAAGGAUUUUAGCAUGUGAAAAUCUAGAUGAAGCAGCAAAAAUGGUGGUGAAAUUAUCAACAAUAGUUGGUUUAGCUCGUUCUGCAUCAGUGGAUGUUAAGUUUGAACUUCCCUUAUAGUCUCAUCCUGUACUUUUGUAUAUAUGAUUUAUAAAAACUGGAAAGUGAUAAAAAUGAAAGCUUUAUAAUGUACGAUAAACAGAUGCUUUAUUAUGUAAAACAAGAUAAUAGCUUUAAUGUGCUUCUAGGGGCAUUAAAACUUAUUUAUUCUAAUUUAUUCUGUAACAGAAAUGUAUAAUGAACAAAAAGUCCUUUUCAUUGUAGCCAUAAAUUCUACAUUUUCUUUGGCUUGUUUAUAUACCAGAGGUUCCACUUUAUUAUAAAUAUCUUGUACAUUGUUAAAAAUUUGGUUUUGUAUUGACAUUAAACAUUUCAUGUAAUAAUAAGUUA